UAAAAGCGAAUUCAUUAAAAUUCAUUAACUCUCUGAUACCUACAGUAGCAGUUUAACUUUCUGUUUUCAAAGAAAAUCUAAUUUUAGCACCAGAAACGAGUUUCUGAUUGGAAGAGUUAGCACUCUCUCCGCCCUCCCAAAGAAUACUUGAUUCGGUGGCAUCACGGAAGUGACUUAAUUAAACACCUGGAUGUUACCUGUAUAUAUAUAAAACAAAAUUAAACGUAUUUAAUGUCGUUCUAAUUCAUGCGUUAUCUAUCAAACGUUAAACACCGUCACAAGCUUGCAGAAUUAUACAUUCGGGUCAUCAUUUCACUGUUGUGUCGCCUUGUUUACUUUUUGCAUUACUGGAAUUUUGUAUACACUCGAACUGCGGUGUAUUAUUAAGACUUUGAAGUCUAUGUUUGUGUACACCCUUUAAAAAUUAGGUCUACGACUAACAACAAAUUUUAAAUAUUUGGAUUUCGAAACAAAGACGUCUUUAGAGUUCACUUUAAUCGCCACGCAUUUUCUGUGGCAGUGCUUGUAAGGCAAUCUGCGCCGAGAUCUGCAAUCUUACCCGGCCAGUGUUUCCUUUCAGCCUUCCGUGCUUUCGGUCACGGAGUUUUUCACCCACCUUUCAUCCGCUUAAACACGAAAUGGAAAUAUAACAAAAAAUAUUUUAAUCGCUUUUUUAUCCAAGGACGCCUCUUUGACCAAGGAUCCUUCUUUCCCACUACAGACACGAAGGAAUAUAGUUAUGUCGAAAACUGUCUCUUUUCUGUGUUGGUGCCUGCUUGGAUGUGUACAGUGCUUUUUGCAGUCCAAAAGGAUUCAGAUUGAUGGGAAUGGAUAUACCGGAGUGACUGUGGUGAUAUCGAGUCAACUGACCCCCUCUGAAAUCCAAAUACAGAAACUUAAGGAUUUGUUCACUGCAGCCUCAGCCCAGCUUUACAAAUCCACGAAAUACCACCUCUACUUCAAAGAUAUAACAAUCGUAAUACCCAAAUCAUGGCCCAACAAUUUCACCACCGACUUUGUCAGCGGAUCCCAGGUCGAAACUGCGCAUGUUCUUGUGGAAAAACCAAACCCACUGGUGGACAACAAGCCGUACGUAUCAGGCAUGACCGGAUGCGGACAACCCGGAAAGCACAUACAUUUAGAACCAAUAACGGUACAAGUUCUUCCGGCAGUCGGACUCGCAGACAAAAUCCUGGUGCACCACUGGGGACACUUCCGGUGGGGCCUGUUUGACGAGCACGGAGACAAAGAAUCCCCUGUGAUGGCGUCAACCAACAACCCAUGGUUCUACUCUUCUGAGGGAACAUUCAAACCUAACAUCUGCAUGAAAGAUAUAAAGGGAGACAACCACAAGGAUUACUGUCAGAGCUCGCAACAGUGCGUCCUUAACGACAACGGACUGCCGGAGCCCGGAUGUAAGUUCUGUGUGGACGAGAGAGGAAACACCGAUAAAGGAUCUAUCAUGGGCAAACCAGAGAUUUCUAGUGUGCUGGAGUUUUGCGAUCAUGGCGAUAGUGAUGUACCACAUAAUAUGGAGGCAGAAACUCCGCAGAAUAAAUUCUGCCGAGGAAAAAGUGCUUGGGAAGUGAUGAGACUUCAUCCAGAUUUCAAAGAUACAACAACAGGAGCACCUGCACAGAACACUGCACCGACUUUUAAAGUAGUACAACAGCGGCGCGGACAGAACGUUGUCAUGGUGCUGGACAAAUCCGGAAGUAUGAAUACAUAUGACAGAAUAGAUAAGUUAAAAGACAUUUCAUCAAACUACAUCAGGAAUUGGUCCCCAAACGCGACCUCCGUUGCUGUGGUUACCUUCAACGGAACUGCGGAUGUUGUUGCUCCGCUGACUGCUGUGACCUCGGAACAAGAGAGACAGAAUUUAGUGGCGCUAGUGGACGAUAUCGUAGCUAGAGGCGCCACUUCGAUUGGAGCCGGAAUACAGAAAGCGAUAGAGCUUUUAAAGGCAGACAACAACAAUAUACGCGGUAACGAGAUUAUUCUGGUCUCUGACGGCGCUAAUACGGUGUCCCCCGGACCUGAUGACGUCAGAGAGGAAGUGUUAAGAGAAGGCGUCAUCAUCCGGUCCGUGGCGAUCGGAAGUGAGGCGGACAAAAAGAUCGAUAAACUUGCAAAGGACAGUGGUGGAUUUAGCUUCUUUUAUUCCGGAAUUGACCAAUCAACUGCUCUUGCGGAUAUUUUCCUGGGUAUUGCAGCGUCAUCGUCGGAUAAAGAGGAUAAAAUAUUCCAAAUAGAGAGUAAAUCUGUUAAUUUAACAAAGGGACAGAAUUAUAGCACUACACUGACCAUAGAUUCUACAAUAGGAAGAGAAACCACGAUUCUCUUAAUAGGAUCUGGUGUUGAUUUCUCAACCUUUACCGUUUCCGGACCAGGAAAUAAGCUGUUUACUUCCGGAAAGUGUUCUAAGUCUUGUCGUUUAAAAAUUGACGGACUUGCAGAGGUAGGAGAUUACAAUAUAGAAAUAUCAACAUCACUGGAAACGGAUGUGAUUCUGACAAUGACGGCACAGUCCUAUCCCAGGGAUCCCUCUCAGGAAGUUUUCACUGCGACUGCGUGGACUUUAACUGAAGUGUUUGAUUUUUCGCCGUCAACCCCAAUAGUUAUGUUUUCUUCAGUCAUGAAAGGAAAUUCUCCCGUUCUUGAUGCUGACGUUAAAAUGAUAGUGGAAGAUUCUAAUGGUCACGAGAUAAACGUUGACCUUCGCGAUGAUGGCCAAGGCAUGGAUAUCGUACCGGGAGACGGACAAUACACGGGGGUGGUUUUGCCCACCCAGAUGAAGUCUGACGGGAGACACAGCCUGAAGCUGGUAGUAACUGGGAGGGACGGUCAAACCAAAAUACUGAUCCCUGAGACCAACAGAAGGAAACGGGCCACACAGGCAAAUACUGGACCUCUGACAGUCACAACGGAAAAUGUGAGUGGUUUUAAGCGGGUGGCCUCAGGGGGUACAUACACGGUACAGAACUACUCGACCGUGACCGGGGACCGAAUGGCCCCGGCCAGGAUCACCACGCUCAAGCUGAUUAACUCGGACGGGAACGUGUUCAACUUGAGCUGGAACGCUGUCGGAGAUGAUGUCAAUGUUGGCACUUCUUCAUCCUACAAGAUCUUACUGUCAAAGAGCUAUUCGACUUUACUAAACUCACCUGACACAAUUACUCCCCUUACCGGAAACAUCCCAACUCCGUCACCGCCAGGGGGCAUUGAAGUGUUUUCAUUAAGAUUAUCAGAAGUCGGUGUGAAUUAUUUUCUUGCCAUUCAAACUGUAGAUAAUGUUGGCAAUGUAGCAGAAGUGUCAAACAUUGUCUCCCUUUCUGUACUAUCAAACAAUCAAAUGUGGAAGCGGGCGGAAGUGAAGAAAAUGACGUCAUCACAAUCAUUUUCUUAUGUAGGACUAAUUAUUUCCGCAUGCGCUGCGGCGCUGCUAGUGUUCGGGGUAAUUUUAUGUGGGAUAUGUUUCUGCAAGAAAAAGAAAGAUUCUGAGAGUAAAGCCAAUCAGUUCAGCAAUCUUGAAAACAGACUCGCAGGAAGAGCAAUUCCAAGGAAGGGUGAUUUUAGGCAUAACUACUUUUUGCCCAUGUAUCAAUCACCUUAUGUGCAUUUUCCGCCUCAUAAAGGUUACGAGGCAUAUGGAAGAAACCCUCGUAUGUACGGUUAUAUGGACGAAUCACGCAUACUCCGUGUGAUACACAGAAGUCGAUUCUUCAUCCGGGACAUCGCAGGGCCUCUUUCCGUCAUGGCGGGUCUCUUCCGAAAUGUUCUGGUUUUGAUAAUGUGUUUAUCACGGAUUGACGGAAAAAUCACCGUCCUUUUCCAUAUUGACGAGGUAGGUAACUCGGGAAACCGGGUAAAGGGAGGCGACUGCUGCCAGGGCUUCACCGGAAGCUGCUCAGAGCUGUGUAAGCCAGUUCUCACUGUCUGCAUCCUAAAAGACAAUGCCUGUGAAACGUCAGCUAUUACAACGGUGAAUCUUAAAACCAAUGAUCAGAAAUUUGGCUCACAUAUUGGAAAUAUGUCGAAUCCUUUAUACCUAGAAAUAGACUCUUGGAAUAAAUACCGGGAUAAGUUUCGGAUAUUUGUCCACGACUUGAGGCCGACUACAGACUCCCCUCUUGUUUUCGAGACUCUGUUUUCGGAUUACAAUGUUGAGGUUGGAGCUAACGAAGUCAGCGAUGGAUGGAGAGCCAAGACACUGCAAUCCAGUUAUAUCUCCCACCGUAACGCCUUUAGAUUACACGUGACAUACAAACUUUACUGUUCUCCGGGAUUUUAUGGGGCUGCUUGUAACAUCACGUGUCCAGGAAACCCCAAUAAGUGUGUACAAGAUGGCAAGACCUACUGCAAAACAGGAUGGACAGGAGCAAACUGCGAUCAAGACAUCGUCGAGUGUAAUGAUCUCAACUUCUGUCAUGGCGGACGUUGCACCAAUCAGAUAGGUGGUUUCUUUUGCGAGUGUCCACAAAGUCGGUCUGGUAUACAGUGUAGAAUGGACGAAGACGAAUGUUUUUUCGAACCUUGCAAUGGCGGCUUGUGUCUCAAUACACUUGGUUCCUUUUCUUGUUCGUGCCCGGGCGGCACAACUGGGAAAACUUGUGACACCCUUAUGACAUCUCAGUGUUCCAACUCCACGUGUCAUAAUCAUGGAGUCUGCAAGACAUCGUCCGACGGUAACACCACCACCGUGAAUUGUAACUGCGAGUUUGGAUACAUGGGAGCAGACUGUAGAUUUCGAGACUACUGUAGCAUUCAUGGCUGCGUUAAUGGUGGUACGUGUGUGAAUACAGCCAAUUCGUCCUUCUGUGUCUGUCAGGAAGGAUUCUCUGGAAAAGACUGUGAACUACAUGACUAUUGUUCUAGCUCCCCUUGUAACCACUUGGGAAAGUGUUCAAAUAUCUACAAUGGAUUCCAAUGCGACUGCACCCCAGGAUACGCGGGAGUCACGUGCGAUGUCCGAGAUUUUUGCCAAAACCAGAAAUGUAAUGGACAUGGGGAAUGUUUCAAUGGUCAAAAUGGUUUCCAUUGUGAGUGUGAAGCCGGCUUCAUUGGCAAAGAAUGUGAGCAGCCCGAUUUCUGUUUCAACUUUACAUGUCCUAUUUCUCAGAAAUGUGUCACUGAGAAAAGUGGACACUCCUGCGUCUGUCCAGGUGGGCUAACAGGGGAGAAAUGUGACAAGUUAGACCGAUGUUACUUUGACCCCUGCCAUAGUCACGGUAUGUGUACCAACACUGACUCUGGAUAUACUUGUAACUGUGACGGUGGGUGGAAAAUGAAUGACUGCAGCAAGAGGGAUUAUUGCUAUGGGGAUCCAUGCACUCAUGGACACUGUACGGAUCUCUCCAAUACAUUUCAAUGUUCCUGCGAGGUGGGAUGGGUUGGUCAGCAAUGUAACAACACUGACUACUGCUUGAGUGAUCCGUGUUUUCAAAGUGGUACCUGUAUGAAUAACAUAGAUACAUUCAGUUGUCUGUGUCCUCUGGGAUGGACUGGGAAAAGAUGCGAGCUUAAAGAUACUUGUCUGAGUACUCCAUGUCAUAACAAUGGCAGUUGUACUGUCGAUAAGAAAGGGAUAACAUGUACUUGUGCAUCAGGAUGGACCGGUCCAACCUGCAAUGAGGUUGACUACUGCUAUGGAGACCCUUGUAGGAACAAUGGUACCUGUGUGAAUGGUCUGACUGGUUAUUUUUGCCAGUGUCCAUCACGUUUUACUGGAUCGAAUUGUGAGACUGAUGCCUGUUUGAAUCAGACAUGUAGCGGACAGGGGACUUGCCGAGCUUCCCGAGAUGGGUUUGUUUGCGAUUGUUUCGACGACUUUGUAGGAUUACUCUGUGAAAGCAAGAAUCCUUGUAAAGCGUACUCUUGUUUCAACGGAGGGAAUUGCACCGUAGUAAAACAUGAUGAUUUGUCUAUAUCAUAUAACUAUACUGCCGCAUGUGUUUGUCCGAACACGUGGAAGGGAAGUAGGUGCGAAAACGAUGUUGAUGAAUGUCAUGUAAAAUCAACAUGUGGGAGACAUGGACACUGCUCAAAUAGUAAAGGAGAUUUCACGUGCUUCUGUGAUCCUGGAUACGAAGGGAAACACUGUGAAAGCGACAUCAACGAAUGUGCCUCCAUGCCGUGUAAAAAUAAUGGGACUUGUGAGAAUCGGGUCGGGAACUUCCUCUGUCGAUGCAGUCAGUACUGGACAGGGACCUACUGUGACCAAGACAUAGACGAAUGCAAAUAUCAUCCAUGUGAAAACCAGGGAACGUGUCAAAAUCUUUUAGGAAACUACUCUUGUACCUGCGAUAAAUUUUGGACGGGAAGACACUGCGAAAAGCACAUAGACGCAUGUCAUGCCCAGCCCUGCAAAAACGGUGCGACGUGCAUAGAUUUAGACACAACUUUCUAUUGCAAAUGUGAUUCUCGAUUUACAGGACGCCAUUGUGAUGUCGAUGUUAACGAAUGCCAAUCACAACAUCCAUGUCGGAAUGGUGGAUCGUGUAUAAAUACGGAGGGAGGAUUCCACUGCAACUGUACGUCAUACUGGGAAGGAGAGCAAUGUGAAAAUGACGUGGAUGAGUGUUCCUCCAAUGUUUGUCCUAGCGGCACGGCGUGUGUGAAUAAACAGCUCGGCUACGAAUGUCAAGAUUGUUCUCUGUAUUCUUGUUAUCACCAUGGAACAUGUAUAGAUUCCCCCACUUCAGGUCCAAAAUGCAUCUGUCCUAAAGACUGGACGGGAGAUCACUGCGAACAGAGAGAUUUCUGUCGCUUUGAUCCGUGCGGUCCCUUGCAGCUCUGUAAGAAUACAGAACACGCUUAUAUUUGUGACUACCAUCCAUGUCUGAGUUCACCGUGCCAUAACAAUGGAACAUGUGUGGAAAUCCGAAGUGAUAUUCGAUGUGACUGUCCGAGAGGUUGGAUGGGUGAAUUGUGUCAGGUGCGAGAUUACUGCGCAAGCAGCCCGUGUGACCACAAUGGUACCUGUGUAAAUCUUGCAGAUGGUUUCAAGUGCACCUGUCAGCCUGAUUGGCUCGGGCGCACCUGUUCGAUCUUUGAUUACUGCUAUUCUAAACCAUGUUUGAACGACGGAGUUUGCGCAAACAGACCUGACACAUACCAGUGCUUGUGCCACCAGCAGUGGAUGGGAAAAAGCUGUGAAUUAAGAAAUUAUUGUAGUGAAAUGCCUUGCGAAAAUCGGGGUAUUUGUACUAACACGAACUCCACGUACAACUGUCUGUGUUCAAAUGAAUGGAUAAGUCAGAAUUGCUCGGUUUAUAACUAUUGUUUUAACAAUCCAUGUACGAACGGUGCGACCUGCAUCAACAUGCAGUCUGACUUCAACUGCACUUGUCCUCUUGGCUAUAAAGGGCGACACUGUGAAAUCGCCAUAGACUAUUGUGCUUCGUCGCCAUGUCAAAACAACGGAACAUGUGUUAAUUCACCUUACGGAUACUUUUGCACAUGCGCAGCGGGUUAUGUUGGACACAACUGCGAAAGAGAUUUAGAUGAAUGUAAGAUCGACAUGUGUCCCGCAAGGUCAACUUGUUUUAACUAUGAAGGGGGGUACACGUGCAUUUGGACUGCACAAAGGGCAAGAAUGAAACGGGGAUUGCUCAAAAAUAAAGAUAAUGCACUUUUAAAAGUCACAAUUCCAUCUAUAAAGAACAAGGAAAGUUCUGAGAAGUUCAUGAGCCUUUUGCAAAAUAUGUUCGAUUUAAAAGUGUGCUCAAGAAAGUCAACAAUCAUUCCAGUUCUUUAUGACGUGAAUCACACGUAG